ACAAUGCAUGCAACAAGUGGUCAGGGAUUAACACACAUUUGUUACAUAAGGUCAAAUCAAAACAACACAAUCAAGAUGUAGCCAGGGUGAGGUAUAUAAAGUUAAUAUGUACAUAAUUCAAUCAACAACCGUUUCUCAUUAGUCGAAGGUUAACCAAGUAAACAAGCUGGAAAGAUGAAAACUCUAAAUUCUUAGAAUAAACAAAUCCAUUUCGUCAUCAGCGAGUCAAGGAAACCCCUUGUUCAUGGAUGAAUCAUGCAGCUAUUUGCAUAUCGCAUCAUCGAUCGCAUGGAUAUGCAUACCAAUAUUAUGACAACGUCUUACUCUUAGUAUUCGAAACGAAAACCGUUGAAGAAACAUGGCACCAAACGGGUUCGAUUUGGAGAAAAUUCGAAGAGAAUUCACGGCAGCCCUUCACGAAGAUGGUACAAUAGAUCUGGACCACUAUUUAUGCGGGCAUUGUGAGAUAACAAGAUUGCUAUCACUCCUGGGUACAGUGUUUGGCUUUGUUGCAUCUGACAUGAAACACAAAUGCAACAUCAUCGACGGCCAUCGAGAAGACCAUCCUGAGGAAUUCACCACCGUCCAGACUAUGAUCGAUUACGAGAUGCGGGAGAAUCUCACGGCGCGGAAGGACGAGAAAGGGCGCGACAGCGGCUGCCGGACCUUCCUCCGACUUCACAGAGCGCUCGAGUUCUUCUGCGUCCUCCUCAAACGGCUGAAACCCGCCAAGGGGACGGACCCAACGUCGACUCUCACGUCGAAAACGUACGGGGAGACGCUGGGGAAGUACCACCCGUGGUUCGUGCGGCAGAUGGCGUACCUCGCGAUCAAGACAUUGCCGAACAAGCAGCAGCUCAUUCAUCGUUAUUGUUUGCAAGACGCGGAGGAAGCGCAGGCGUUGGUUAUACUCUCGCUUCAAGCGAUGGAGGUGGUCUACGACAAAACGCAGGAUAUCUUGGCGCACCACGAUCUACUCAAUUUACCAUAACCCUUUCUAAUAGCCCCAAACCAUAUUUAUAUAAUACACCUGUUUUAAAAGCAACUGAAUGUUAUUGUGGGGAAUAAAAUGUGUGUAAAAUGUCAAUGCCUAAUGUCAAUUUUCACAAGUCUUUUCCAGUGUUGAUGCCCACUUCUGCCAAAAAGAUCUUGUACGAGUACUACUAAUUGAAUUGUAUAUAUUUAGAUUGCAUAUCUUUCACAAAAUGUAAUGUAUAUGUAUGUUGUGGAAGGCCUUUUGCCCGUAGAUGAUAAAAAAGGGUUGCCGCAGUUUGACUUUGACCUUCGAUUGGGGAUGGGCAGUACGCAGAGACCGAACCCCUUGACCCUAGCAAUGGAAAGGGAAAAUGAUGUGCUAUGGCAAUGCAAGCUGAAUUCUAUUACGUAGGCUGGUAUGACCAACUGCAACUUCUGCAAGUGCUAUGAAUUUUUUCUAUCAAUAUCAUGGGUGAGGGUCAUUUCUUUCCUUCUUUUUCUUUCAUUGUGCUUAUUUUUCUCAUUUAUUUUGAUGUACCAUGAAGUAUUGAGGCUUAUACUAGUAUCUUUCAUUGUACCCUAGAACUUUUCAGAGUUUUGAUGAAAAUAUUGUUGUAUUUUUAUUCUAUUGAACGUUUAUCAAUGCCAACUACCACAUCUUAGAAGUAUAUGUGGAUGUUUUUCCAUGUUGCCCAUAAAAACGAAAACUAAAAAACCUUUAAAAAAAUAUCAUUUUUAGAGAGUAUAUGUAUGUGUAGCCUCAAAUUUUGCGAUCUCUGUAAUCGCCCUUAAGACGACAAGAACACACUUGUUGAAACGUCGAGAUUGGGUGGUCCUUUUCAGGACCAACAAUUGCCCAAGAAAGAUUAUGUACGGUGUACCGUGAAACCUACAUGUACUACACUAUUCUUCGUCACCAUGGAAACCUUCAGAAGUUACAGAAUGUACUUGUCACGUAGCAAAGAGAGGGAAAAUGAUGCUUCCUGUGUUUCAAACAAGAAUAUUAGCUGAGAAUCUCUUUCUUUGGUUAUUAAGAGCGUACUGCUUUGUAAACAACUGAAAAUUAUUGGCAUGAUUUAUGCUUGUACACUUGCAUAAAAGUCAUUGGUUUUUAAAAUGAGUCACAUACGUGAACCCUAUAGUGCAAUUGUGAAUAGAGGCUUUGAAGUCAAGUUAUUUUUUUCUGUAUCACUUUUUUGCAUAUAUUUUAAUCAUUAUUUUUAUUAUGAAACUAUUGUAUGGAUUAAAUUUUUGUCUACUUUUACAUGAGAUAUGGUGUGGAAUGAUUUUUAAAACUAUUGUUUUAUGAAUUAUUUGUAGGAGAGAAAGCCUUUUGAAUCUGACCACUCAUGCAAUGUGAAAAUAUUAAAGGUCAAAUUAUAUGCGUUAUUGCGUACAUACUAAAUUUUGGUUGUACGGACCGUAUUGAAUUGGACUAUCAAGCAAGAGACAAUUGUUGCACAUGUAUACAUGUAUGGUCAUAUAGUGAUCAUGAUGUAAUGUUGAAAGCCUUUCAAAUCCUUAUUUAUUUAAUUUUUUUUAGAAUUCCUAUUUUAAUUGACAUAGCUUGCACUGUACAUUGUAUUUCACUUCGACUGCACAAUCAUCUGUUUUAAAUACUGUAGUUUAGCGUGGCCGCACAAACUAGGAGUUUGCAGUUAAAAAGAGAGAAAAAAUCUUUUUAAGUACUGAAAAGGAGGCAAAUGUUGACAGCUGUUGGAAUUGAUUAUUUUUUUGCCCGUUAAAUAUUUGAUGCGUUAACUGUCAAACAAUUUUCCUUCCAGCAUGGAUGCUUGGAAAACUUUUGGAAAACCAUCCCCCCCCCCUUCCAAAAAGGCAGGCCUACGUGUAUAUAUAUGCUUGUAUACAGGCUUGGACAUGUAGGCCUACAGAAUAAUACAACUACAUGUAAAUUAUGGGAAAACUGAAUAGUUUAAGGAAGUAUUUCGCCCAAUCUGCCCUACAGAUAUGUUGAGAAAAGGAAGAAAGCGACAAGGGGUGUAACUUCCUGUAUGUGUCAAAAGAGCAUAAAUGUGCCUGCCAUUUGUGUGCACAUGUGUGUGUUCUGUACACAUUGACACCAAUCCAAUGCGUUAGCUUGGUUGAGCAGAGCUGCUCUACAUAUAUUUCAUUAUCAGUAUUAAAGCUAAAUGAACGUAGUUGCAGUAAAACACUGAUUUUGUGAGAAAGUCUGUAAAACCAAGGUAAAGUAUUGAUAUAUCAUCGUGGAUCUAGAUCUGGUACAGUUACAUAAACUGAACUUUGUGAAAUCAUAAUAUCUAGCUAAAAAACGAUCACAGUGAAGAUCGCCAACACAGAUAGGCACACGUGGGACAGUGUAUUAUUAUUGCUGGAAUAAAGACCCGACGGAAGUGACCGAAUCCGCGCUUAUUUUGCUUAUUUCUCAGCAAUUACACAAUUUCUUCCAGAAUCCUUUGGCACAUAUUUUUUAUUCAUACAAACAGACACUUGGGUGAUCAUUAUAUUAAAUUCUGUAAAAAGUCAUUUUGAGAUCGUUCCCACAACUGGAAUUUAUCUUUAAACAGCAUUUUCUAUGAAAUUUAACGUGGAAGAAAAAAUCAGAGUUUAGAAUGUGAACCCAUUCAAAGUAAACAACGUCCUCUUUACGGUUUUUGAUGAUCUUUUGUUUUCUUUCUUAUCAUAAGCAGAGCUGCAUCGUCCUCUAAAGCCGCGCACUACAUUAUACUUUGUACACGAAUGUAUGUAGUUGCUUGCCAAUACUUUCAACAUUUUGCCAAGUUAUAUUAUUUUUUUAACAUUCAUGCAUUAUUUGUUACAUUAAUUUGUGUAGAGUAUUAACCUGGCGUACUUUGUGUCUUGUUCAUGUAGCAAUAAUGUGGUUACAUCUAAUCAUUUUCUCAUUUUUAAUUAUAAUGUGAUGUGAUGGAGAUGUUCACCUUUUAUGCACUUUAUAAUUGUAUAAAGACGAUAUUGUACCAGCAAUUUCUUAUGAUUAUUUAUAUAAUUGUUUUAUUGGUAAGUUACUGGUAGAGAGCGCUUUGAAAGGGUUUAGUAUUUGAUGAUACCAGAAUACCGAUCAUUGAUUAUAUAUUUUGAAGAUUUUUGCUAUAUUUAUUGGCGAAUUCCUUGUAUGAUUAUUUCAUUGGUAUUAAAGUUACUUGUAGAGAGCACUUUGAAAGAGUUUAGUAAUGAUACUGGAAUAUCGAUCAUUGAUUAUAUAUUGAAAAAAAAAAAUUGUGCUACAUGUACAUGUACAUUAAAGGCAAAUGACGGACCUGAAUCCCAACCAUGUGAAUUUCAAUCCUGAUGCUUUUCAGUGUUUAAAAAAAAAAAUCAAAUUAUGGGGGAAAUCUCUUUUUGUUUCAAAGGGAACUGAAAUUGAUUGAACUUCAAGUACAUGUAUGUAAAAACACAUAGUGAAAUAAAUCUUUCCAUGGACUAUGUGUACUGUACUACUGAAUAUCUCGAUACAGAUUGAUGUUCGUAAUGUUCAUCAAUCAGAAAGACACGCAUAUCAUGGACAAAGUAUGGUUUGAAAUUGAUUGAUCUUCCUUGUAAUACAAACCGAUACAGAAUGUGCAAGGUGAUUAUGUUCAUAAGAGUUGGACUAGUCUACAAAUGUAGACCCACAUCUGCAGUGUGUGUAUCACAGCUGAUUCUAUGCAGACUAGGUCAAAUGGCUCGCUUCGCUCGACCUUUCGCAAACUAGCAGAUCCCACCUCACGAGCCAUUCAGAGUCUGCAUAGCAGACUAGAGUUGGACAGGGCCGUUUUCGGAAGCUGAUCUGUAACUAACAAUCAAUCAAUAAAAUGAAAAUACAUGUAUAAAUCUGAAUAUUGAAUAUAUUAGAUAAUGAAUGAAUAAACAAAUGAAGUAAAUAAAUAAAUUUAUAAAUAGAUAAAUAAAUGAAUACAUAUUUUCUAACAGCGCAUGUGCAUAUAUUGUGCAUUGAAUUCAGUACUCUACAUUCAGCUGCCUUUAAACCAAUUUUAAAUCUGUUCCAAGUCAUUGAACUUUAAUACAGUUAAUUCUUGAAAGAAUGAAAAAAGGAAAAACAAACAAAAAACAAACCUCACACACACAUUGCUAGGCUAUGUAUCGAUUGUCAUAGAAGGUUUGUUUAUAGUGUCUUGAUUUUUACACAUGUAUAUUAAUCAUGUUUUUGUUUCUGAAUGAUGUGUUUUAUUUUGAGCCAAAGAGACCAUUCAUUCCUGACCAUGAAGCCUAUGAUCAGGGCAUUUACCUAAUCAUGGUCCAUUAUCUAACCCUGGAUUAUUAUCUCAGAGAUCUACAUGUAUCUGUAACUCGGCUAAUUUAUUGAUCCUUGAAAUGUGUGGUACACAGAUGCAUGUAUAUACCAAAGGCCUUGUAUAUGAUUGAGUUUUUACAGACAUGUAUCAAUCAUGCACAUGAUAUUUACAUUUUAGAGGUGUUGUGGCUCAGUGGGCAAGCGUCUGGACUUUGAACGACAAGGUCAGGGGGUCACAUCCCAUCGCAGCACUCGCGUCCUUUGGCAAGGCGUUCAUCUACAUUUGCCUCUCUCCACCCAGGUGUACAUGUAGUAAAUGGGCACCCGGUUUGGAGGAAUUCCUUGAAUGCUUGAGCGUCCGAUCAGGAUAGCGAAGCUAAAGCCAGGGUUAUAGUAUGCAGCGCUUAGAAGCAUUUGUAUUAAGCGCUAUAUAAAUGUUGCAUAAAUUACAUCUGGGACCUUUCAUGUCCAGAGCUUAUUAGCCUCUAGACGAGGCUUAUUUUUAGCUGUUAUCUCCUUUCUCCUCUUCUUCUUCUGGAAACAGUACUGGGCCCUGUGGACGAUUGAUCCAGUCAAUCGCAAUUGUAUGGAAAUCCAUCCAUGCCGUAAUUUUUUUCUACAAGAAAUUUAUACAAUCUCCCAAGUAAACAAAGAGAAUCACUCUGAUACUUCAAGAGAUCAAUAAAUGUAUGAAUGUAUAAUAUCUAGUAAAUAUUUUUGGAACAAAUUUGCAUUUUAGAUGUUGACACUGCUUUUCAUCCAUAGUUAUGGUUAAUCGGAUCAAUCGCAACUUUUUGUACGACGGGGCCCAGGCCACAAAAUACAUGUAUCAUUAAAAUGUGGCUGAAUCCAUUUCUUUGCCCAAUCUAGCAAAACAUAAUAGUUCGUAUUACAAUGGCUGGAAUACAAUACAAUUAUAUGAAACCGUUCAAACUUCCCCCUUUCAUAUCAGGGACUUUCCCUCGAUGUAUAAUGAUGUCAUCUAUUGAACUGCACUAUACUACAAGUAGCUGAAAGUCCAAUGAAUAUUGUUGAAUUUAUUGUACCUUUAUUAUGUGUGUUUAUUAUACAUUAUGUACAUUUUAUAUGCUGCUUUAUCUUGCAUUCUAUGAUACAGUAAAUAUAUUUAGAAAUAAAAGAAGUACCGGUACAAACUUCAUCACAAUGUAUAA